CUGGAACGCACAGACCUCCUGAUGCGCCUGUUUCCCCCCUGCAUCCAGACAACGCUAUCCUGCGUAAGAGAGCAUAGUGGAGGGAAGCCUGAUUCGAUAUCGGGAACGGGUCGCGAAAGACCGACAUGCUCUUGGCUACAGGGCCCAGUGAUUGGCAUCGCUUACGCGCCCAGGUCCCCUGAGGCGGAGCAGUCCAGACCUUCAUGAUGCCUCUAAUCCAAAAUUUGGACUGAACCCUUCAGGUCUCAUCCUCUCCGCGAAGCCUGACCGGGCUUGAGAGGCUCAUGAAGGUUCAAGAUGUCUAUCUGGAGCGACAAACCCCGAACAAUACUCGGACCUCUAACGACGACGUUCACGCCUCCACCGCAAUGCACCGACGUGGUAGCCUACUGCAGCACCUGCAACGUAGGCUGGCAGGCGCAGUCGUGCGCCGCCCGCGGCCCCGUCGACGCGACGACAUGCUGGCCGCCCACGACCUCGGGCGUGGCCCCGCUGACGACGCCGCCCCUCUUCGGCUGGGGCUUCUACUCCCCCGGCACCCUGUGCCCCAGCGGAUACGCGCCGGCCUGCGCCGCGACGGCGGGGGGCGCCACCGACCCCGCGUGGACGAUGCAGUUCCGGAUGGUGGCGGGGGAGACGGCCGUGGGGUGUUGUCCUAAUGGGUUCGGUUGCAGCAAUCUGAAUGGGCAGACGUGCGUCUCAACCGUGACGUCGACGACCAUCGACGCGAUUCUGUGCAAGAGCGGAUUGACGACGGUUGCGCCGUUGACGGUCCCGAACACGGUGGUGUCGGUAUUCGGCGUCUUUGCGCCCAUGAUACAGAUCAACUGGCAGUCGACCGACAGGCCGGCUUCCAAUACCGCGACGGCGACAACGGGCUCGGGCCCAAGCCCGACAAGGACUUCGGGGCAGACGGCGGAUUCUCAGCUGGAGGAUGGACCAACGGAAAGUUCGGGCGGGAUUUCGGCCGGUGCGAUUGCUGGUAUCGUGGUCGGCGUCUUGGCGUUGGUGGGUACUUUGAUACUCGGCGUCCUGGUGUGGAGGAGACGCAGGCAACUGAGCAGGCAGAAUAUAAGAUAUGUGCCUGCACAUAUCGAAACGGAAACCAAGUCGCCUGCAUAUGCGCAGGAGCUUCCCGGUAACAUGUAUAGGUUGUAUGAGGCUCCUGGGGACAAUACACCGGCAGUGGAGUUGCCAUCUGGGCGGUAUUGACGGAUUGGAUUAUAGAGUAUAUCGAAGAAUUAUGCAUUAGCAAGCGAUAAGCGGUAUUGUAACAAUAGAGGAAUCCUUAAUAUCUAGACUAGACCGUGGGAAGCAAUACCUCGUAUUUCGACAUCGAGGUACAUGACCCGGGGCGACUACA